UGUUUUCAGGGGCAGACUGACCAUUUGGAAACUCAGGCACUGCCCGAGGGCCCGGGGUCAGUAGGGGGCACCAUGAGAUGCCCCUGGUACCUUUUUCAUAGGCUUUUUUGAGUUUGGGCAAGGACACAGGGGCCCCAUGAUCCCCUAUUGCCCGGGGGCCCCAUGAGUUGUCAGUCCGCCCCUGUGCUGCAAGACCAUGCUGCACCUGACACCUGUGUCUCAUUGGCUACCUAUAUAGGGAACUCUGAACUCCCACCCAGUACCUUGACAGCAGAU